GCAGCCGGGGAAAUGUAAGCUGCACUGAGCUCAGAAAGCGUUGCAGCUUAACCGAGUUCCACUUUAAUAGCUAUCUUUUGCUGGAUCACUGUAUGGUCACUGGAAAUGAUUAAUUGAUAAUGAAGUGGCUGAUGUUGAUGCAUUUAUUUGGAACGGACUGUGCCAUAAGCUGCUGCUUGCAGUGAAAGUGAAUGGUAUUAAAGCUAAGGAGAGCACUACAUCUGAAUCCUUUCUGCAUUUGGGAGAUGCUGAAGGACCAAUCGCAUCACAUCUAAUUGCUCACUUCAAGGAGAAGGUGCCACACAAUCAGUGCUAGCAGCAGCAGCCUGGCAGAGGGCAAGCCCAUGUCCAUUGACUCGGUGGCCAUGAGGACAAAGUGCUGGUGAUUAUUACAGGGACCAUGGCCAGUGCAGGCACAAAGAUCAUUGAAGAUGAUGGCUCUGCAGCUUUGAAAGAUUGACCACCCUGCUCCGGAUUCCUUGGCACCAAUGCCAUCAGUCAGUUGUUUAAACUGGAAGAUGCAGCUCAAGGCAACUUUCCAAAUUCAUCCUCGUGUAUUGCUGCUCACGUCAUUUCAUCUGAAAGUGUUGACUGGCAUUUAAGUGAUAACAACAGACUUCAGAUCUUACUGCUAACUGGGCACAUUUUCUCCCCAUGGCCUACCUACUGGUGGGGGCUCUCCUUCUGGUAGCCCAAACAAAUUCGGUGCACUCUGGAAGUUCUCAGUGGAGAGACGGAACAUUGCUUCAGUCAUUAAGAUACCAUGGUGGAUUAGAAGGCAAUGAAACUGAACGUAAGUCACUACAGCCACAAAAUUCCAUUACAAGCCAAAUGAUUCCACAAACUAUCAUUAUUGGUGUUCGCAAGGGAGGGACCAGGGCUCUUUUGGAGAUGUUGGACAUUCACCCUGAUAUUGUGGUUGCUGCUACUGAGGUCCACUUUUUUGAUUGGGAUGAGAACUAUGUAAAAGGUCUAGAAUGGUACAGGAAGUUGAUGCCUUUCUCUUAUCCGCACCAAACCACAAUAGAGAAAACCCCAGGCUAUUUCACAUCUAUUAAGGCUCCAAAAAGGAUCCAUGACAUGAACAGUUCUACCAAAUUGCUGUUGAUUCUGAGAGACCCGACAGAGAGAGUGAUAUCGGACUACACCCAAGUCUACUACAAUCGGCUGGAAAACCACAAGCCUGUCCAACCCAUAGAAGAAAUGGUCAUUAAAAACGGAGCACUUAAUACUAAAUACAAAGCUAUUCAGAGAAGUCUAUAUGACAUUCACAUGGGUAACUGGCUACAGUAUUUUCCACUGAACCAAAUACAUAUAGUUGAUGGUGGUGCUCUUAUAAAGAAUCCACUGGAAGAAUUGCAGAAAGUGGAAAUAUUUCUCAACAUUCCUGCUAAGAUAAUGACAUCAAAUUUCUACUUUAAUCAAACCAAGGGUUUCUAUUGUCUUCGAAGUGAUGGCAAAGAAAGAUGUUUACAUGAAUCCAAGGGUCGGCCCCACCCAGUUGUGAACAGUACUGUGCUGAAGGAGCUACACGCUUACUUUAGAGAACACAACGAGAGGUUUUUCAGGAUGGUCAAACAAUCCUUCAACUGGCAUUAAAACAUGUGGAAGAUGCAAGUUGAUUCAACUGAGGUUAAAGCAAUCAAAUCCAUUUUGUGAUUUUGUAAUGGCAUCCUUUUUAAUUAAAGCAGCUUGUGAUCUACUGCCAUAGUAGGUGAGCAGGGCAACCAAACUCUAUGCAAAUGCUGGACAUUAAAAUCAACAGCAAUACAUUAGAGUGAGCAAAACUAGAACUACUAGUUUAAAAAUUAAAUAGAAACCUGUUCAGUGAUGAAAUAUUCCUCGGUGAAAAUAGGAGAAAACAAUAUACAAUAUAUUUCAAAGGUAGUGAUGCUGCUGGUUUCUCCCUAUGGUAUGAAUAUAGAUGAGAAAUAUUGACAGCUCUUGUCAAUUAUUCUUUGCUUAAUUGGCUAGAUACCAUUUAUGUUCUGCUGAUUGUUGCUUGCCUAACUGGAUGGCCUAAAAUUGCAUAUCCAUUUUAAAUAGAAUGUGUAAAUGACCAUGACUGACCUUCUCGAAUAAAGGUAUUUUGCAUGUUUGAAGAUGCAUGAUAUUGUUUCUAUUCAAAAUAUUCAAAUGUAAUAUUUCAGAAAGGAAAGUGGCAAUGGGC